CGAGCUCUCCUUCACUUCAACAACUCUUUCAUCAAUCUGACCCAGACAUCGGCUCGGAUCGGAUUCGCUCGGCUGUGUCCGUCAGUGUUGGUUUAUUCCGUGAAAUCAGCUGUUUGUCCUUUCCUCUCCAUCCUCCGAGAAGCAACAGAAGGAGCGUCUCCUCGUGUUGCGACAUUCCUCCUGUGGGUGAAGUGGGUGUCACCUCUCUCUCUCUCUCGCUCUCUCUAUCUCUUCUUCUUCUUCUUCUUCUUCUUCUCUUCGUUGAGGAAGUUCCCUCCUGUCAGAGAGCGACGCAGUGCAGGACGCGAAGAUGAGCAGCACAGAAGCUAACGGUGACAUCACACAGGUGUCAAAGAAAGCCAGAAUGGGCGGAGCUAACCGGCACCUGGACGGCAUCCCCCCGGACACGCUCAGUAAGGUGCAGGCGUACCUGGACCUGUUCUGUCUGUCUCAGGAGAAGCUGCGGCAGGUUUCUGCUCAGCUGAAGAAGGACAUGGUCCGAGGUCUGGGCAAACACACGCACCAAAAGGCGCCCGUCAAGAUGCUGCCCAGCUUCGUCAGAGCCACACCUGACGGGACAGAGAAAGGCGACUUCCUGGCGCUGGAUUUGGGUGGAACAAACUUCCGGGUGCUUCACGUCCGCGUAGUGGAGGACCUGCAGAAAGUGCUGAAGAUGGACAGUCAGAUCUGUGCCAUCCCAAAGGACAUGAUGCUGGGGUCCGGUCAGCAGCUGUUCGACCACAUCGCGAAGUGUCUCAGCGAUUUCCUCGUCUCUCAGGAUCUCAAAGGACAAACUCUUCCUCUGGGCUUCACCUUCUCCUUCCCCUGCGAACAAAAAGAAAUAGACAAGAGCAUCCUGAUUCGCUGGACUAAAGGCUUUAACUGCUCGGGGGUGGAGGGCGAGGACGUGGUGAAGUUACUGAAGGAGGCGAUCCACAGAAGGGGGGACUUUGAUAUCGGCUCUGUUGCCAUGGUGAACGACACGGUGGGCACCAUGAUGAGUUGCGGCUACAGAGACCAGAGCUGUGAGAUCGGCAUGAUCAUCGGUACGGGGACCAACGCCUGCUACAUGGAGGAGAUGAAGAACGUGAAGCGCGUGGAGGGCGAGGACGGGCGCAUGUGCAUCAACACGGAGUGGGGCGGCUUCGGAGACGACGGCUCCCUGAGAGGAAUCCAGACAGAGUUUGACGUGGAGGUGGACAAGAUGUCCAUCAACCCGGGCGUCCACACUUUCGAGAAGAUGAUCAGCGGGAUGUAUCUGGGAGAAAUAGUCCGGCUGCUGCUGCUGAAACUAACGGAGGACAAGUUGCUGUUUGAAGGACAGACGUCGGAGACGCUGCGGACGCCCGAGAGCUUCCUGACCAAGUUCAUCUCAGAGGUCGAAGAGCCGGACAGCGGGUUGGAAAAUGCUCGGAGGAUUCUCUCACAGCUGAGUCUGAAGUGUAACGAGGUCGAUGCCCACGUGGUUUGCCUGGUCUGCGACACCGUCUCCUCUCGCUCCGCCUGUCUCUGCGCCGCCGCCCUGGCUGCCAUCGCCAACCACAUGAGGGUGAGCCGCAAGCUGGACCAUCUGAAGACCACGGUGGGGGUGGACGGGACGGUGUACAGGAAGCAUCCAAAUUUCAGCGAGGAGCUUCAGGAGACGGUGCGCCUCCUCGCCCCCAAGUGUGACAUCACCUUCCUUGUCUCCGAGGACGGCAGCGGGAAGGGCGCUGCCAUGGUAACGGCUGUGGCACAGCGGCUGGCUCUCCAGUCGCGGCUGUUGGAGGACAGUGACGGCGAGGGAGACGAUGAGGACGAGGAGGAGGAGGAAGAGGAAGAGGACGUUUAACAGCAGAGAGAUGAUAACUGUCUGAUUUUAAUUCUGAAAUAUUUGAAUACAAAUUUUUCUUAUCACUCAAAAGUGUCGGGUCCUUUCAGGUGUACAGCUCGUCUCUCACGCCGCAGCUCGUCUCUCACGCCGCAGCUCGUCUCUCACGCCGCAGCUCGUCUCUCGUCUCUCACGCCGCAGCCCGUCUCUCGUCUCUCACGCCGCAGCCCGUCUGCAGACGUUUUUAUUUCACUCGUUCACAACAAGGAGGCGUGUUUAUAAUCUUUCAAACAUGAUGAACAGAGCUUUAAUCUCAUGAAACACUUUUAUAUAUAUAUAUUAUUAUAAACUCUGAGAGGGGUCAAAGUUCAGCUUCAAAGUUUGAAUGUGACGUCCAUAUCUUUAUUUGUUUUUAUAUUAUUUGAAUCAUUUUCUUCUUAAAACGUCUUUAUUCUUAUUAUUUAACUGUUUGUAUUCGCUGCUCUGUCCGUCACGCUCAUGUCAAUAAAGUUUAUGAUUCAUAUCUGAA